ACAGACGCAGAAGUGAAAGUGGAAGCAUAAUCCACCUUUCCUAUCAUCACACUCAGUCUCAGGGGAAAACACAUUAAAGAGCGUUCUUUCUCUGUUUCCUUGAUUCAAUUCAAUUUCGGAUCUCACUUUUUUCACAAAUGGCGAAGACGAAGCAGUCUCGGGCUGGGCCUCGGAAAUCGUGGUGGAGGCUGACGGUGACGAUGCUCGUGACAGUCACGUUUUUCACGCUCAUUCUUCUCGCUCUCCGCAUUCUCUCUGCCUCUUCUGCUCUCUCCAAACCCAACGAUCUCAACUCCAUUGCUCGCAACACUCACAUAAGCCAAGGUGGUGAAGACCACGAUCAAGGAGAGCGGUGGGUUGAGAUUAUCUCUUGGGAGCCCAGAGCUGCUAUCCAUCAUAAUUUUCUGAGCAAGGAGGAAUGUGAAUAUCUAAUUAAUAUAGCAAAGCCAGACAUGCAUAAGUCAAAAGUUGUUGAUGAUGAAACUGGAAAGGAUGUAGACAGCAGUGCACGGACAAGCUCUGGUACUUUCCUUGCCAGAGGACGAGAUCAAAUUGUGAGGGACAUUGAGAAAAGAAUUUCAGAUGUUACUUUUAUACCUGUAGAGCAUGGUGAAGGACUUCAAGUUCUCCAUUAUGAAGUUGGACAAAUGUAUGUGCCUCAUCAUGACUACUUUACGGACAAGGUGAACACUGCGAAUGGGGGCCAGCGUAUAGCAACAAUGCUCAUGUACCUUUCAGAUGUUGAAGAAGGGGGUGAGACAGUGUUCCCACGUGCAAAGGGAAAUUUCAGCUCUGUGCCUUGGUGGAAUGAGCUUUCUGAAUGUGGUAAAAAAGGACUUUCAAUUAAGCCAAAGAUGGGUGAUGCUUUACUUUUCUGGAGCUUGAACCCUGAUGCAACUUAUGAUCUAUCUAGUUUGCAUGGUAGUUGUCCAGUGAUUAAGGGUAAUAAGUGGUCAUGUACAAAAUGGCUGCGUGUCGGUGAAUACUAAACAUAAAUUAAUAGGCAUUAUAAUAGGUGUUUAUCUCCUUACUUGUUUUACUGAUAUAACUAUAACUAUACAAUUAAGGUUAGAAAACAAUGUUUUAUAUUAUUGUUGAUACUAUUAAUGUUAUAUAUUAUUGUUGAUACUAUUAAUGUUA